AUGGCAGCGCCGUCCGCGGGCCAGCAAAGGUAUUUCAAUGUGAUGGCGACGGGGCAGAUCGAGUCGGGUCGUUUCGAGGGCAACUCCUCACUCUACUGCCGCUACGUCUUUUCGUGCGGCGAGGACUGGUCCGUCAUGUGCGGCGUGGAGGAAGGCAUCACGCAGAUGGCCUCCUCCUCUGGCUCGACUGCAAACGGGUCGGUGGUGUGGAACUUCCCCAUCGACGCCACCUUUCGCUCGACGUGCCCACACGGAUGGCCGCAGCUUGUCCUCUCCGUCUACGGCGAGGACUACUUUGGACGUCCGGAUAUGAUCCUGGGGUACGGAGCAGUGCACCUGCCUCUCACGCCCGGCCGCCACCGCGUGACUGUGCGCACGUUCCGGCCGCUCGCUUCCUCGCUGCUCGGCCGGCUGCAGUCGUGGCUCAACGGGAUGCGGCCCGAGUUCAUCGAGUCGCUCUUCCCUGCAAAGGGCGAGGGGCGAGAGGCGACCAGUCCCUGCAUCUGUUCGCCCCGGCCCGCUCUCUUCUCCACCACCUCCUUUGGCUCGGUGAGCCUUGUGCUCGACGUCGCCAUCCAGGGCAUGGAGCAGCUCGGAUACGCGGUGCCGCCGCCUCGCGCCGAGGGCGUUCGCCUCAUCGACCCUCUAGCUGCCACUAUCUCGUGA